CGAAUCUCCUCCAGGUUCUCAGUGCCUCCCUGUCGCGCUUGGGGGAAGGAGUUGCUGACCUUUCGGCUUCAUUAGAAAAGAAGUCUUUGCCUCGGUGAUCCGUGAAUUCCCGAAAAAAUGUGUGAAUCUAAAUUAGCCCUGACUAUUGCAACGUCCGUGUUGAGCGUCGUUGCAGUAGGCCUAGGGGUCGGAAUAGGCCUCCUCCUGAACAAAAGUUUCCAGGACGAUGAGACGAUUCGUCAGCUGCGGGAACAAACGUUGGAGUGUCAGCACCCUACGAGUGGCGGAUACCAACCAGACAGACCCAUGGAGGUGACAGUACCAAUCAGGACGCAGUCGGAGUGUGAAGGGGCGUAUGGGAGUCAAGCCAUCACCAAUAACAUGAUAUGCGCCGGGCUGACUGAGGGGGGGAAGGACUCGUGCCAG